UAAAAAUUAUUUUUGGAUGUGAUUCAGAAUCACAGAUGGCGCUGUAAGUUUUUUUAAUAUGGCGGCGAUUACGUUUAAAAUUUAAUUAAUUAUGGAGAGUGAAUUUCAAGAGAUAACACACAGCUCCAAUAUUUGGAAUAAUUUUCCGGGUGAUAAUUCAAUAGAUUGUGAUAAAGAAGAAAUAAACAAGAAUUAUGAUAUUAAGCAUGUUAUUAAAUCAGAAUGUCGAGUUGUUUUGAAAAAAUUGAAUAUUACAGUAAAGACUGGAAAUUAUGAAAUCUACCUCCCAGAGGAAAAUGUACUGUUAAAGGUUAUGAGGAAAAAUUCAUCUAUCAUUCCUCAGGAAAGAUUUAAUAGAAAUGGAAUGAAGAUCCAAAUUAACAAGGACGAACAGAAUGAGAAACAUGUUAUUCAUCACAAUCGAAAAAGACCAAAGUAUUAUCAAUUUAAGAGCAACAGGAAGCGAUCCAUUUCUUCAAUUACGAAAAUCAAUAAAAUUCGAAGCAGUAUUAAAAACAAAUACCUCAAUGUGAUGUGGGCAUCUCAUCCUAAAGAAUACUUCACGUGUAAUUUAUGCUUGAAAACUUUUGCAAAUUACAAAGUAUUAAGAACCCAUCUGUUUUUUCAUAUUGGAAACAAACGAUUUCACUGCUCAACCUGCCAUCAGAUGUUUCCCUGGAUCUUUCUUUUGAGAAGACACAUGAGAGAACAUGCCUAUGAAAAGCAUAUCGAAGAUGAUAAUACAAUAGUCCGCAUGAAAUCAUGUUCGAAAUAUCUUCUAGAUCCACUGAUUCCAUGGAAUUCCUUUCACUGUGACAUUUGUGAUAAGAGCGUUUUGACAAUAAGCCGAGUGAAGAUGCGUGACAGAACACAUUUAUCUCAUAUUUGUAAGCUAUGUAAAAAAGAAUUUAAAUGGGAAUCUCAUUUGAAAAUUCAUCUGGCAACGCAUAGCGAAGACCGACCUUACAAAUGCGAUAUUUGUAAUAAGUGUUUUAAAUCGAGACCUUCUUUAACAAAUCAUAAAACCAUUCAUAAUGAUGAAAGGAAUCACUUUUGCCUGAUAUGUAAAAGAAGUUUCAAAACACAGGGAGCUUUAAAGAAUCAUUCCGAAAUACAUAAUGUUGAAUAUAAAUAUACUUGUAGUAUCUGUAACAAGCGUUUUAAAACAAAGAACUGUUUAUCUGCUCAUAAAUCAACACACAGACGUAAUUAAUUUUGUGAAAUAAGAUAAAACCUGCCAAAUCAGGAAAAAAUGUUGGGUACCGUGUGAUUCUGUUUUAGAUGGUUUCAUUGUAAGAAAAGUUUCAAACAUAAAAGUACUUUAAUAAGACACUACUUUGUUCAACACGAUAAUACAUAAAUAGAUACUACAUUGUUCAAUAGGACUUGUUGGAAGUCUUUGUCAAAAGCCUUCCAACUAUUAACUAUCUUAAAAUUAUUUUAUUAAUGCAUCAAGUUGUUCAUCUAACCCAGUGUUUUUCAACAGGCGAUAUCGCACCCAUGUGGGCGUUUUUCUAUGUUGAGAGGGCGAUUAGUAACAAUUUAUAUUUUGGGGGGCGAAAAACAAUUUUCUGGGCGAUAUAGUAAAACAUUAUAUUAAGAAUAAUUAGAUAUUUUAUUCAUUAUAUUGUACAAUAAUUAAACAAAUAACAUUAUACUAGUCACUAGUCUAUUCAAUGCAGUACGAAUUUGGUGUUACUCUCUGCCCUCCGCAUCUGUCUUUUGUAGUGAAGGGGCGACGAUUCGUUAGAGGUUGAGAAACACUGAUCUAACCAAUUGUAGAAAGUUUUUAAAGAGAGAAUAAAUCAAAAUACCAUUUAUUGCUUUAUUGUUUAAAAUUACACAGAAAGAAAUUUAUCCUAUCAAUAUGUUAUAACUAACAGACAUAGAAUCGAUUGGAGAGGUGUUUAAUCAUUUAUAAUGAUGAGAUACAUCCUGUUGUGGCAUUUGUAGAAAGAAAGUUUGCAACAAAACUGGAAUUACAAAUCAUCAGAAGUUUUCAAAGAGUUAUCAAUUAUAUCAAUGCAGAAAGGCAUUAGGAAAAGUGUGUUUUAAAUAGGAAGAUGCAGACAAAUACCGAUUCCAGCGUUAAGAAAUGUGAUAUUUGUGAUAAAAAAUUAAAUAAUUCUGUAGAGUUUUACGUGCAAAGUCAUCUUCCACAAAGAAAUUUCUUGUGAAGUUGGUUGAAACCAUUUAAACACAAAACACGUCUAAAUCAUAACUACAUUUGUACUUAUUUAAAUACAGCAAGUAAAUAAGAUAUGUAUGAAAAAGCAAUGUUUAAAAUAAAUAAGUUUAGCGUAGAAGAUUGAUUUCAUAAUUAUUGACAUUUCCUGUAUAUAAUUACAAUUGAAGAAUUAUUAUUUUUAAGAAUAGGAAUAUCUUCAAGGAUACUGUAAUGAAAGGAUAUGUUUUCGUAAUUUUGAAAAUGAAUUCAAGUAUAACAUGUAUGAACAUUGAAUGUAUUCGUUUAUUUUGGUAAUAAAUCUUGUAAGUACGUUUGUAAAAUUAAUUUUUUUUAUGAAAUAAACUGUAUUUAUGCAUUUUAACAUUGUAUGUACCUUUGUCAUUUUCAUAUUUCGGUAUUUAAAUUUUCGAAAUUUAUUCGCAAGGAAAUUAAAAACUAAAUUUCUUAUUAAAAUUUUAGAUUUAAAGUAAAAAUGAACACUGAAAAAUAGAAUUAGAGUGGUCAAAUUGUUCCAGUGUGAGCAGUAAGAUAGCGAUUUAACUUCAAGUGGGAAAUUUUAUGAUUAAAUUGCCAUUAUACGAGGGUGGUCCCAGAAGUACCCGACCUGAAAUAGAUGGCGGUACUUGUUUGAAAAAAAACGACUGUGUUCGAAAGUAUCAACCUUAUAAAGCUUAAGUUUGAAGUUUGAAGACGUUACGUUGUAUAGUAUUUUUUUGGCAGCCAUAAAUAGUGAACAAUCUCAGUGAAUUUGUAAACAUGGAAAAAAUUUGUCAUCGUUAUGUGAUACAAUACUUUCAUAUGAAAGCUUUCAGUCCAACCAAUAUUAAAGCUGAGCUAGAUUCUACUCUGGAGGAUUCUGCUCCCUCGUUUACAACAACAAAAUAUUGGGUGGCAGAGUUUAAACGAGGCCGUACGAGCUGCCAAGACGAACAUGUCAGUUCGACCAAGUGAGGUGACCAUGCCAAAAAUGGUGGAAAAAAUCCACAAAAUGGUAUUGGAUGGCAGUCAACUCAAAGUGCGAGAGCUAGCAGACAUGGUAGGCAUUUCAAAAAGUGCUGUACAUCGCAUUUUAAUUGAAAAUUUGGACAUGAGAAAGCUGUGCACAAGAUGGGUGCCGCGUUUGCUCACAAUGGGACAAAAACAGCGUCCUACGGAUGUUACAAUCGAGUCUUUGGCAAUGUUUCGCAGCAACAAAGCCGAGUUUUUGAGUCAAUUCAUAACCAUGGAUGAAACAUGGGUCCAUCACUUCACACUUGAGACGAAAGAACAGUCGAAACAAUGGACUGAAAGGGGAGAAUCUGCUCCAAAGAAGGCGAAAACAGUUUCAUCUGCUGGCAAGGUCAUGGCGUCAGUUUUUUGGGUUGCGCCCAAAAAAAUCAACGGCAAGUAUUACGCGAACUUAUUGCAGCGCUUGAGUGAUGAAAUCAAGAAAAAACGGCCACAUUUGGCGAAAAAGAAAAUGUUGUUUCAUCAAGACAACGCACCAGUUCACACAUUCGUUAUUACGAUGGCCAAAAUCAAUGAGUUAAGGUUCAAAUUUCUUCCUCACGCACCCUAUUCGCCAGAUUUAGCCCCCUCGGAUUAUUUUCUCUUUCCAAACUUAAAAAAAUGGCUUGGUGAUAAAAGAUUUGCCAACAAUGAAGAGGUGGAGUCUGCGGUUGAUGGCUAUUUUGAGAAGCUCGACAGUUCUCACUAUAAACAGGAGACCGAAGCUAUUGUACAUUGCUGGAAAAAGUGUAUCGAGCUGAAAGGAGACUAUGUUGAAAAAUAA